GCAUCCCUGACCAUCUUGGCUAAUAGCCACGGAGGGACCUCUCCUCCAGGACCCUCUCUCAUUCUUUUUUUAGCCUGGUUACGCUUUUGGCCUUCACAACACUUACACCGAAGGAUUGGCUGCAUGAGCAUCUCACGCGGUACCCACAGCGCCCAUUGAUUUCGAUGGGACUUCUAAGCACACAGAGAAGGCAGGGUCCGCCUCGCACCGAAAAGGGGCCGUUGGAAACCAGCGAGGAAGCCGCCAGGCCGGAAGGGAGACGCGUGCAUGGCGUGCCUGGAAAAAGCUGGUCAGGGUUUCGCUGGGGUGGGUGGAUGGGUGGGGUGCGGUUGGGGCGCGGCUCUCGCCGGCUUUCCCGUGCCCACAAAUACCUGCUUCGACACCCCGGCUUUUCAGGCUCCGCCGUGCGGACGCUGCUUGCCAGAGCGGGCGGGCGGAUCCCGGACCGAGCCAGGGAUGGAGCGGCUCGUCCACGCCGCCUUGGCGCGGCUGAGCCAGGAGGAGCUGGCGCGCUGCGCGCUCUACCUGCGGAGCUCGGAGCCGGCGCGCGACGCCCGGGCCGAGCUCCAAGGCGCAGAUGGGAGCCUGGCGCAGCGCUACGCGGGCCGGGCCGCCGAGGUGCUGAGAGAGGCGCUCCGCGACACCAGCGAGGCGCUGGCCAGGCAGGAAACGGCGGGAGCAGCGGCAGCGCCAGCUGCUGUACCGAGAACUGGUGAACAACAAACCGGGAAUCAGACAAGUGAUACAAGUUUUAAAGGAAGAAGAACUGAGCAAAGUGACUAUGACGAAUUGGAUACGUAUGACAUGAGCAAAACCCGUGUGGCUUUUAUGAUGUGUGUGACAACAGGCAGGCACGGUGCAGAAAAGGAUAUUGAAGUAAUGAAUAAGUGGUUUGACAAGUACCAGUUUAAAACGCCUUCUGGACAGUGCAUAGAUCCUAAUGGGCAGGAAAUAUUGCCAGCACUGGAAGAGUUCCGGGAUCAAAUCAAUCAAUCUGAGGAUGAAAUUAGCUGCUGCCUCAUUACUCUUAUGAGUCAUGGGAGGAGUCACGGCCUCAUUCAGGGGAAAGAUGGUGACACAGUUGACCUUGAUGAUAUAUUUGCGUUAUUCAACAAUAUACAAUGCCCAAAGCUCCAAGAAAAACCUAAAAUCUUUAUCAUUCAGGCAUGCAGAGGAGGAAAAGAAGACCAUGGAGUUGAAGAGCAUGAAUCCAAGGAAGCUAAUUGUACUUAUAACUUGAUAGCUAUCAGGAGGCUGCCAACAGCUAGUGAUUACUAUGUCGUGUAUUCCACUCAAAAGGGUUAUGUUUCUUUGCGUAACACGGAAAAAGGCUCUCGGAUGAUUGAAGCAAUGGAUGAGGUCUUUUCAGAGCAAGGCAUGAAGUGGCAUAUAGGGGAUUUGUUUACUAAAAUCAAUAACAACCUGGUGCAGGAAACCUUUAGUAUCCAUGGAUGCCCUGUGAAAGAGACAAUAGUCGUGGAAUCAACUCUGACCAAAGCUGUAUACCUUGCACCGUAACUGGUUGAUCAGUGGAAGACUCACUGCCUUUUGAAUUGCGCAAAAUACAGACAGUGAAUAAAAAUAAAA